UUGAAAAAACUGCCCCAACUUGGCUGAGCAGGGCUGUAAUUGCUUAUACAUGCACUGUACUAGAAUUUUUUACCACCCAGCAGUAAAGUGUUUAAAUAUUUAAUAACGACUUAUUAUGACAUGAACGCAUCCCCUAUUCUACGAUAGAGUACAUAAAAUAUAAUUGCUGAAUGUACAAUUGUACUCGUACAAAUGUACAUAGCAGUACUACAUACGCAAGUCGCGCCUACAGCCGUGCGGAUGUUACGUGCGGAUGUUAAAAAGGCAUGCGGUAAAAACUAAGUCCAGACUUCUGGCAUCCGGAUUUCGCAAUUGCACAACCACCAGCUUUGAAAUUUUUCACAAAUUUUCAGAACCAUUAAUUACCUUGUGAUUUAUUUGGAAACAGAAAGGUACGCGUAAUUGUUUUUUGUUUCCCAUUUGUUUCCGUGACCCUUUUUAAUUUUGUGAUAAGAUACGGUAUCUAAGAGCGGGUGUACGAUUUGAGGUCUACCUUUCGGGGGGCGAUUUAAAUUUGAGGUUGAAUUUUGUUGGAUUCUGGCCGAUUGCCCAUAUUACGGUGUAUGGUGCGCGAGCGAGUGUGUACUCACAAAUUACCGAACCAUGGCUAGUAUGAAAAUGAAAAAGCGGUUGCGAGAUCGCAGUGAAUCUCCUAGCGAUGUCAGUGGAGAGGAUUGGGAAGAUGACAGCGACGGAGGGUCUGAUACAGAACUGCAAGAAGCCUUCGCGAGUGGAAAGCUGAAACCUGGUUUGAACUAUAGUGUGGAGCAGAGGAAACCGUGCGCCAACAAUAAGGAAGGCUUAAUCCAGAAGCUGGAAGAGAUCAAGCUGGACUUGCCCUGGAUUGAACGAUUGGACUUAACGAGUCGCCUAGCUCCACUGGCUCCCGAGAUUGCCGCACAAAUUGGCAUUGAUCCUAAUCUGGUGGUAAAAACCAAAUCUGCAGCCAAGAAGACGAAAACGAACGAGGAUGAUGAUGUAGUUGUAGAAGAGGAACUGGAUAAUGUGGACGACGAUUUUAAAAGAGAACUGCGAUUUUAUCGCCAGGCCCAAAGCGCUGUUUUGGAAGCCGUUCCUCGCCUGCAUGCCCUCGGCAUUCCUACAAAACGCCCUACUGAUUAUUUUGCUGAAAUGGCUAAAUCUGAUGAACAGAUGAAGAGGAUUCGCGAGAAACUCAUCAGCAAGCAGCAACAAAUUGAGCUAUCAGAAAAAGCCAAAAAGAUGCGAGAGCAAAGGAAAUACGGCAAACAAGUGCAACUGGAAGUCAUGAAGAAGCGUCAGGAAGAGAAGAAGCGCAUAGCGGAGUCCGUGAAAAAGUUCCGGAAGGGGGCCAAGGGCGAACAGGAUGAGCUGGACUUUCUUACCGAACUCGAAGAUUCACGGAAAAAUACCAGUAAAGGCACUAACCGACAUCAACAGAAUCAAAAGGGACCGAUAAAGAAAACCGGAAAACAGAAAUAUAAAGACACUAAAUAUGGAUUUGGAGGCCAGAAGAAACGAUCAAAAUACAAUACCAAAGACAGUGCGGAUGACGUUCAUGGGAAAUUUGAUCGAAGAAAGCACGGCUCGGCUCCAGGAAACCGCAAAGGAAAGAAGCCUGCACAAAAAAGGCCGGGAAAAGUCACACGGUUGAAGAUGAAAAGUAAUAAGAGUAAACGGUAACUUUCAAAAGUUUUCUGAAGAUUUGUUGUUAUAGUAAUGGUUUGUUUUCUUCCGAAAUAGAGUUUGUUGUUUGAAGUUUUUCGCAGCCUGACAAAGAUAAACGAUGUCAUAUGUGUUAUGUACCUCGGAUCCUACAGUAGUAUGAAACAUAACAUCACUAUUACUGCUAAUAACGCAUGAGAUUGGUACUGUAGAAUAGGUACUUCUAGCGUUAAUAAUGUGACAGCUUAUACGAAACGUGAGUAGACGGAUGAGGUGCAUCUGAAAUCUUAUGGGCAAAGGAAGGAAAAUAAA